AUGAAGGGUUUAUUCACUUACGCAGCAGCGUUGCUGACUAGUGCAUCCCUUACGUUCGCGCACGGAGGCUGGGAUUUAUCACAUGAACACGCUGGCGAUGUGUUCAAUUAUGCGCAUGCUUCGGGCGUGAGUGGUGUGCUGCACAAUGGCAAUUCGACGGGGCAGAUUAGGACCAUCAAUGGCGGUAUGUUCUUCCCCAUUAUCAACAUAAAUGAAGAACAAUCCAGACCCAAGGCUGCGAUUCUCUUCUUGACGGACAUCUUCGGCAUUCAGCUCGUCAACAACCGCCUCCUCGCCGACAGCCUCGCCCGCGCCGGCUACCUCGUCAUUCUCCCCGACCUCUUCCGCGGCGACGCCGUCCCCGCCACAGCGCUCGAAGACCCCAACUCAACCUACAACCUAACCGCCUGGUUCCCCCGGCACCCCCCGUCCCAAAUCGACGCCAUAAUCAACACAACCCUCACCACCAUCCAAUCGACUUACAUCGUGAACAAAAUCGCCUCCGUAGGCUACUGCUUCGGCGGGCGCUACGUGGCGCGGCACCUCACGCCCGCCUCACCCCUCUCCGCAGGUUUCGCCGCGCACCCCUCGAACACGCUGGCGGCGGAGUGGGAGGCCAUCGCGAGCCCGAUCAGCCUGGCGUUUGGGAGUUUGGACGAGUCGAAUACGGCGGAGAAUCGCACGACGAUUGAGGGGAUUUUUGAGCAGGGGAAUAAGACGUAUCAGACGGUGUUGUAUGCCGGGGCGGAGCAUGGGUUUGCGGUGAGGACGGAUUUGGGGGUGAAGAGGAAGGCGUUUGCGCAGGAGGGGGCGUUUUGGCAGGCGGUUAGGUGGUUUGAUGAGUGGGUUAAGGAGGAUGAGUGA